AUUUUUUUAAAAAAUGCUGCUAUCCGAUUCAAAAAAAUGUCUAAUUGGUGCAAUUUUAAUAAAAAUAGGAUCAGCUUUAUUGUUAACUUGGGGAAAAACAAAUGUUUACUUUUAUUCUUUUUACAAGCAAACAGAACCAGAUCUAUCAAUAGCAGUAAGCUAUUAGUUUAUUUUUAGUACAACACUUUACCAAUAGCAAUAAUGGCUCUUCCUAUUGCUGUUAUAACAAUAUUCUCAGUAAAAAUAGCUAAGAGAAUAGGAUUUAAAUUACAUAUAAGAAUAGCAACAACAAUACAAUGUGCAUCAUUAUUAAUUGCUCCUUAUAUGACAACAUAUUUAACAUUCAUAAUCUUUUAUAUAUUUUUUUAUGGAAUUGGAUAUUCAAGUGUAGCAUUUCCUGUUUUUUCAUGUGCUUGGAGCCAUUAUAAGAAAUCAGAAGGGCGUAUAUCUGGUCUAUUAUUGGGAGCUUAUGGAUUUGCAUCAGUAAUAUUUGUUAUAAUAAUUACAUAUAUCAGCAAUCCAAAUAAUUAAUAAGCAGACCUUACGACUGAACAUAAGACAUAAAUUUAUAAAUAUUUUUCAGAAAGUGUAGCUUAAAACGCAUAAAAUGCUGCUAAAAUAGUUAGUUAUGUUGCAAGUUUUUGUUGUUUAAUUGGAGGAUUCUUAAUUUAGCCAUAUGAUUAGACUAUUUAAUAUAAAUAAGUAGGAGUUAGUGAAUAGAAAAUAUAAUAGUUUGAAGAAGAAACACCUAAACAAAAUGAUAAAGUGGCAUAAUAAGAUUUAUCUGUUGAAAUAGAUCCAACAUCAAUUGCUAUAAAUGAUUUACCUCUAGAAAUUGCUUCAGAUCAUGGAUUGUAUAUUUUUUAUAAUUAGUAGACCUUAAAUUAAAAUUAAAUAAUCUUUAUCUGCCGCAAUUAAAUCAAUAUAAUUUAUUACCAUUAUUAUUUGUUUGACUGUAUUAACUUUAUUCUUGUUGACUCUUGGGUUAAAUUAUAAGAGUUAUUUCCUCUCAAAAAUUAAUGAAGAUUUUUAUGUUACAUUUGUAGAUUUAGUAGCUUUAAUGGCAUCAUCAUUUGCUAAUAUACUGUGGGGUUUUUUAAUAGAUAAAAUUAAUUUUAAAAUACUAUUUGCUAUAAUAUAUUUUGUUAGUGGAAUAGGAGCUAUUGCUCUGCCAUUUUCAGCUACAGAUAAAAUUUCAUUUUUAAUAGUAUAUGUUAUUACAAUGAUGUUUGAUAAAGGAGCAUUAGUUGUAACAGGACCUGCCUUAAUUAAGAUUUUUGGAGAUGACAUUGGACAUCAAUUAUUUCCUAUUACAUAUAUCAGUUCAUUAUUAUCCAUAGUAAUAGGUCCUGUUAGUUAAUUUAUAUUAUUGAAAUACUUUUCAUUUGAUAUAAUAUUAUAUUGUUAAGGGUCAUUAAUUUUAUUAGUGAUUAUUUUCAUUAUUAGACUUAAUAUGAAUUAUUAAAAAUGA